AUGGGCUCCAACUCCAUGGCCAUCCUUCUCUACACUCUUUUAUCCCUUUUCGUUUCCUUCAUUUCCGUCUUCCUCUUCCGCCGGACCGACCGCCGUCGCCGCCGUCUCCCGCCGGGGAAUCUCGGGCUGCCCUUUGUCGGAGAAACCCUCCAGCUGAUUUCGGCCUACAAGACGGAAAACCCGGAACCGUUCAUCGACGACAGGGUGUCUAAGUUCGGGCCGGUGUUUACAACCCAUAUAUUCGGUGAGCCGACUAUAUUCUCGGCCGACCCGGAGAUGAACCGGUUCAUCUUGCAAAACGAAGGCCGGCUUUUCGAGUCGAGCUAUCCCGGGUCGAUAUCGAACUUGCUGGGUAGGCAUUCACUCCUGCUGAUGAGAGGAAGCCUUCACAAGAGAAUGCAUUCGUUGACUAUGAGUUUUGCAAAUUCUCCCAUUCUGAAAGACCAUUUGUUGGCCGAUAUAGACCGGCUGGUCCGACUCAACAUGGAGUCUUGGACCGGCCGAGUUCAACUCUUGGACGAAGCCAAGAAGAUUACGUUUCACCUGACAGUGAAGCAAUUGUUAAGCUUUGAUCCAUGCGAGUGGACUCAGAAUUUGAUGAAGGAAUACGUGCUGGUUAUCGAAGGCUUUUUCUCUGUCCCUUUCCGCAUUUUCUCCUCUACUUACAGAAGAGCUAUUCAGGCCAGGACGAAAGUCGCGGAGGCUUUGAGCUUGGUGGUGAUGGAGAGGAGGAAAGAGUGGGAAAAUGGAGAGAAUAAAAACGACAUGUUGGGAGCUUUGUUCAAUGAAGAUGGAAACGGAGGAGGGUUUUCCGACGAGGAAAUAGUUGAUUUCUUGUUAGCUUUGCUCGUCGCCGGCUACGACACCACUUCCACCAUCAUGACUCUCGCCGUUAAAUUCUUGACGGAGACACCCGCAGCACUGGCUCAGCUCAAGGAAGAGCAAGACGAGAUCAGAGCAAGACUCGGUAAAAUGGAGGGUCUGCAGUGGGAGGAUUAUAAAAAUAUGCCUUUCACUCAAUGUGUAGUAAAUGAAACUCUUCGAGUGGCUAAUAUCAUCGGUGGAGUGUUUAGACGAGCGACUCAAGACGUUAAUAUCAAAGGUUACGCAAUUCCCAAGGGGUGGAAGGUUUUUGCUUCCCUGAGAGCCGUACAUCUAAACCAGGACAAUUUUAAAGAUGCUCGUACUUUUAAUCCCUGGAGGUGGCAGAAUAACAGCAAUACUGGACCAACCUCCCCGAUGAAUGUAUUCACACCAUUUGGUGGUGGCCCGAGGCGUUGUCCAGGAUAUGAACUUGCCAGAGUAGAGCUCUCAGUUUUCCUUCAUCACAUAGUUACUGGUUUCAGUUGGGUGCCUGCCGAGCAAGACAAGUUGGUUUUCUUUCCAACCACAAGAACACAGAAGCGCUACCCGAUCAUCGUUCAGCCUAGGGAUAUGUCAUCCUUCAGGCAAUGUAAAGAUAGUAUAGAGGCAAAAUAG